CGCAAAAAGGCGCCGUUUCCGUGCUCAAAAGCUCCGGUUCGGCGUUAUGAUGACGCCUUCUCAAUCAACCCAACCAUUCCACCGAUUCCCUCGUCGACAGCCGUAGUGUGCUCGGUGCCCGAUGCCAUGCUUUCCGUCCGUAGUCUGUACCACUACCGUAGUACCGUGCGCGUCUUAAGCAUCCGUGCACCUGGCCCAGUGACUGCCUGCCUUUGCCUUCCACUGGUUCGCUUCUCCCUCUCCUGUGCUUGGCUGCUGCUUGCCCGUUGAGCACAGCAGGGAGGCGAUGAGGGACUGGGCGCCGUCGAUCAUCGCCACGGCGCUGUUCGCGCUCCUGUGCCCGGGCGGCGUGCUGCAGAUGCCCGGCCGGCACCGCCCCGUCGACCUCAUGAACAUGAAGACCAGCUUCCCGUCCAUGCUCGUCCACGCCGUCAUCUACUUCCUGCUGCUCAUGCUCUUCCUCGUCAUCCUGCAGCCUCACCUCUACAUCUGACGUGAGCGUGUUCCCCACCCCUUCACAUAAGCUUCUAGCAUGUUUCAGUUUCUUCUUUCUUGGGAUGCAGUUUUGGGCCCUUUUAAUAGCUUUGUAACCUUAUGAACCAGAGGAUUAUAUACGUAAUAUGCGUUCUG